CCAUGCAAGACACACUGACACACACCACACAGACCUACACUGACACUCCGGACACAGCUUUCAGAUCGUCUCACUACACCAUGCCUAUUAUAAUCUACAUGAGCAGUGCCAGCGGAUCUAGAGAGAUAAAGAAACAGCAGGAGGCAAUCUUCAGGUUCCUUGAUUCGAAAAACAUUCAUUACAUUGCCAAGGACAUCACUGUGAGCCCUGAUGUGAAGAAUGAGAUGAGGGAGAAGGUGGGGAAUUUUAAUGCCUUGCCUCCUCAGGUCUUUAAUGGAUCUCAAUACUGCGGGGACUACGAGGUGUUCUCCGACGCAGUGGAAGACCGCAGGCCAAUGAGUUUCUUCAAGCUGAACUGUAAUUGACUCUUAAGCUCUUAAACUAAUCUUUGUGCAACAAAUAAUUCAAAGCCAAAACAUCCAAAUCCUGCAACGUUGACAAUUUUAUACACUUUCUACACAAUUUGUAUAAUUAAUUAAACAUAUAAUUACACUUUUAAUUUGUAAAAUGAUCCUCGAUCUUAUUUCUUUGAGGACUCUCUCAAUCUUUCUUUCUUUUUUUUAACAAUGUAUAAUAUCAAAAUGGUGUAAGAUUUGGGUUUAUUAUUAAGGAUAAUAACUUGAAGAACGUAAUGAUUGAUGUACCAAAUGUGCUUUUUUUUCCUACUCUAAAUGUUUCUAGACUAUUGUAGUUUUUUGGGUUUUGUCAUUCAUUCAUUCAUCUUCUACCGCUUAUCCGAACUACCUCGGGUCACGGGGAGCCUGUGCCUAUCUCAGGCGUCAUCGGGCAUCAAGGCAGGAUACACCCUGGACGGAGUGCCAACCCAUCGCAGGGCACACACACUCUCAUUCACUCACGCAAUCACACACUAGGGACAAUUUUCCAGAGAUGCCAAUCAACCUACCAUGCAUGUCUUUGGACUGAGGGAGGAAACCGGAGUACCCGGAGGAAACCCCCGAGGCACGGGGAGAACAUGCAAACUCCACACACACAAGGUGGAGGCGGGAAUCGAACCCCGACCCUGGAGGUGUGAGGAGAACGUGCUAACCACU